AUGUACGCAUGCGCAAAGGGAAUACACGCUGCACCUGCAACGACUGGACAUUUGCCAGCAAAAAGAAACCAAUAUGUCGGAUUGUCUUUUUUCUGCUUCGUUGCUCGCUUGAUGGAUAAACUAUGGCAGUCAAUUCUUUCACAAACACUGGCUUUUUCUCUCUUUCUUUUCUUUUCUUUAAGACUUUUAUUGCUUGCUGAUUCUUUGUUAGUACUGAGUGCCCUUAAGCAUAACCCACAUUAUAACUCCAUGCGUGCAUCUCUCUCUCUCUCUCUCUCUCUCUCUAUCUAUCUAUCUAUCUAUCUAUCUAUCAAUCUCUAUCUCUCGCUCCCUCUUUCUGUCUAUGUGUGCAUGUGUGUUUGUUCAUAUCUAUCAUUGUCAGUCGAAUUAGUAUUUGUCCAUCUGUCUACCUAUGUUUAUAUCUAUCCUUCUAUCCUUAUAUCCUGCACACACUGA